GUCCGGCAACUGUCCGGGAUAUUCUGCACAUGGCUGAAACCGCAGAGACAAAACCUCUUCUAACCAAGAAGGAAGAAAAAGACGACGACGACGACGACGAAGAAUGGAGAGGAUGUGGUCCAGCUUUGUUGUGUGAUCCCCGUCGCGGGCCUCACCGUUUUAUCGUCUUGAUAUUCACCUGCAUGCUUAAUUUCGGAAGUUACUUCUGCUACGACAAUCCGGCUGCUUUGCAGCAGCAAAUAACAACUGAUAUGGGUGUGACGAAUAGUCAAUACAUGCUGUUGUACUCUCUCUACUCGUGGCCCAACGUCGUUUUGUGUUUCAUUGGUGGCAUACUCAUUGACCGGAAGUUGGGAGUCAGAAUGGGUGGAAUAGUGUUUGCAACUUUUGUACUUGGUGGGCAAAUCUUGUUUGCAAUGGGAGCAUUGACCAACGCUUACUGGCUAAUGGAAGCAGGACGCUUUGUAUUUGGUAUUGGUGGUGAGUCACUGUGUGUUGCACAAAACAACUACGCAGUCAUCUGGUUCAAAGGCAAGGAACUCAACAUGGUGUUUGGUCUGCAGCUCAGUAUUGCUCGCGUAGGUAGCACGGUGAAUUUCAAUAUAAUGAAACUGAUUUACAAGGCAAUAGCGAAGGUGGUUAGUCCCGGCUACAAAGUACUCGGUCUCAGCUUGAUGGUUGGUGUCGGCAUGUGCUGUCUGUCUCUUCUCUUUGCUAUUAUCCUGGCAGUGCUCGACAAGCGAGCCGAGAAAUUGACUAAACGAAAGACAAUCUCGACCGAAGAGAAAAUUACAUUGUCCGACGUGAAGAAAUUUCCAAUCACUGUUUAUACGCUGUUCAUCAUCUGCGUUGCUUAUUAUGUUUCUGUCUUCGUUUUCAUUGGUGCCGGAACGGUAUUUUUUACAACUAAAUAUGGUUUUUCGGACAGUGAAGCGAAUGCUAUUGAUGGCAUCGUGUACAUUUUGUCUGCUGCGGCUUCUCCCAUUUUUGGAUUCCUUAUUGAUCGAUUGGGGAAAAAUAUCUUUUGGGUGAUUGCUGCUGUUGUUAUCACUCUUGGUUGUCACGCCAUUCUAACAUUCACCUUCAUCAAUCCUUGGAUUCCGAUGGUGAUAAUGGGUGUUGGAUAUUCAAUGUUGGCAUGUAGUCUGUGGCCAAUGGUAGCCUUUGCUCUUCCAGAACAGCAGCUCGGUACAGCAUACGGAUUUAUGCAGGCUAUUCAGAAUCUUGGUCUUGCUACUGUUGCCUUAGCAGCGGGGAAGAUACUUGAUGCGAAGGGGUAUCUUAUUUUAGAAGUUUUCUUUAUGGCUUGGCUAUGCUUGGCUCUUCUGUCAUCUGUGUUGUUGUAUAUGUUUGAUGUUGCAAGAGGCGGUUUUUUGAACUUGACUGCUAGAAGUCGUGCUGAGUGUGAAAAGAUAAAAAACGAACAAAUCGAAAACGAAGAGUACGCAGAACCUAUAAAGUCACCAUCAAGCGUCGCUCCUCAUUCAUAUACAAGCCCAAUACAACCACGAUCCACACAGAAUCUUAGAAACAGAUUCUACUCCAGGAUCGGUGCGAAGCUUCCUGAUCAUUCGUAUGCUAGUCUUCAUCGCAACCCUCUAGCUUAUCCUAGACCAACUAAAUAGUAUUUUCAAUGACAAAAUUGCUGCUUCGUGCAGAUUGAAUCAUGUGUAGUUCAUUCUAAUGGAUUAUAAAUGACGUAUUAUGAGGUUGAUUAAAAUUUAGUUCUCGUCUUGUCUUGCA